AUGGACUCUGAGUUGACAAUUACAAGCUUUUCAAGCACAUAUGUCAAAGAAGAGGAUAUUCCAUCAGGAGAGCAAACUUUGGCAUCAAUAGCAAAACCAGAACCAGUUCCGAGUGAUGACAUCAUUCCAAAUUCAAAAAUUUCAAAGCGAGGAAGAUCUCUCAGUCUUUCCAAUAUCGGAUCAAUGGUAAAAAACAUUAAUUUUAGAGUUUUCAAUAGAAGCAAAACAGACAAAAACAGUGAUCCAUCUCAAAAAGAGUGAGAAGGAAAACACAAAGGGUCUGCCAGAGUCAGAUCAAUGAGUGUUUCUGAUAUAUCAUAUGAAAGGAAAAAAAUAAAAACACUUAAGUCAAAACCCAUAAAAGAUGACAUAGAGCUUAUUCAUUUCAAAGAAGACAAAAAACAAAAAAUAUUUGACAUUGAAAUUCUUGACCCAGAAGCAGUGCAACAAUCAAUGAGACUUCAUAAAACCAAUGAAGUUACAAUCGAGCAUGCAAUUGCCAAGAUUGAAGAAGUAAAGAUAAACGAAGAAGCUUCAGCUGAACGUAUUAAAAUUUUUGAUUUCAUUGUGAAUAUUUUCAAGUCAAAGACCCCUUUAGACUCAACUCAUGUUUUAGGGGAAAAAAAGAUUUUAAAAUUCGCUGAAAUUGAAUUUGACGAUAAAAAUUAUUUCCAUCGUUCUUUAAUUAUGACAGUUUGGAAGAACUUGAUGUCUACAACAAAAGAUUGCUCUAUCAUUGGAGAGCAUUGGAAGCAGCUUGGCUUUACUGGAAAUUCUCCUGGAGAAGAUUUAUUAUCUGUCGGACCUUUUGGAUUGGUUUGCAUAAUAUUUUUGCUUCAAAAAUUCCCAGUUUUAGCGAAAGAUAUUUUCACUUAUUCUCAAAGCCCAAUUCAUUAUUUUCCUUUCGCUAAAAUUUCUAUUCAACUAUCUGAAAAAUCAUUAAAAUACUUAAAAGAGGGAAUAUUGAAUAAAAUUAUAAACAAAAACAAAUAUAUUUUUGCCACUGUACUCGAAUUCUAUUGUGGAGCUUUUAUGGUUUGGCUCAAUAAUUAUAGGAAUAAGAAAUGGGUUGGGGACUACGAGCCAGAGUUUAUCUAUGAAAGAACUCAUGGGGUUACCGAAGCGUUUAUCAAGCAAAAUCCUGGUGAGACUGUUAAAAUGGCACAGGUGUUGUAUAAAAAUUCAAAGUAUGCAAGCUUUUUAAAUACUUAUGAAUAA